AUGAAGUCUAGGGUCUGCAGUGAGGCGCGUGUGUACACACGAGUGCUGGCUCCUCUUGGGGAGGAGUAUUGGGACUACGAGAAUACUACGAUCGACUGGAGGGCGAACAACAGCCAGUACGAGAUCGAGACCAAGGUGGGUCAUGGAAAGUACUCGGAGGUGUUUCAGGGAGUUCAGCUGUCGAGCCGCAGCAAGGUAGUGGUGAAGAUGUUGAAGCCUGUGAAGAAAAAGAAGAUCAAGCGGGAGAUCAAAGUGUUGAUGAACCUGGCGAGCGAGCAACGGGCGGCUGCGGGAUUUGACAAGGAAACGUACUACAGCAACCGCAGUGCAGAGGUGCGCGUCUACAACCGGUAUGAUCAGGUAUACACGAUGCCUCACAACGGACACGAGAACAUCAUCCACCUGUUGGAUGUGAUUAAGGACCCCAUUUCCCGGACUCCGGCGUUGGUGUUCGAGUACGUGGAUAACGUCGACUUCCGCAUAUUGUAUCCGACGUUCUCGGAUAUGGACAUUCGGUACUACAUGUUUGAGUUGCUGAAGGCGCUAGACUACUGCCACUCGAUGGGCAUUAUGCACAGGGAUGUGAAGCCUCACAACGUGAUGAUCGACCAUAAGCAACGCAAGCUGCGGCUGAUUGACUGGGGCCUAGCCGAACUAUACCACCCUAAAGAGGAGUAUAAUGCACGGGUAGCUUCGCGGUUCUUCAAGGGACCGGAACUGCUGGUUGAUUAUAGAAUGUAUGACUACUCUCUGGAUCUAUGGUCCCUCGGAACUAUGCUUGCUUCCAUGGUAUUUAUGAAGGAACCCUUUUUUCACGGCAGGAGCAACACAGAUCAGCUAGUCAAGAUCGUUCGCGUUCUUGGUAGCGAGGACUUUGAGAAAUAUCUGGUGAAGUACCAGAUAACCCUUCCUCGCGAAUUCAUGGAUAUGGACCAGUACAUUAGGAGACCUUGGAAGAGGUUUAUCAAUGACGCUAAUAGACAUUUGUGCGAUAAUGAAGAGAUUAUAGAUUUGAUUGACAACAUUUUAAAGUAUGACCAUCACGAAAGGUUGACUGCUAGAGAGGCUAUGCAGCAUCCUUGGUUUGCACCAAUACGGAACGGUGAAUAUAAGUUGUGA